GGUCUUUGUUUCCGCCGGUAGGAACUGCUGCUCCUGUACUUGUUGCCACGUCGGAAGAGUUGAUCGAUCCCCGGUUUAUUGAUUCAUUGAGAAGAAAACAGGAUCAAUAUUAUCCGGAGGUGUUUCAACCGCAGUCAUGGUUUCCGUUAUUAACACGGUGGACACUUCCCACGAGGACAUGAUCCACGAUGCCCAGAUGGAUUACUACGGUACUCGACUCGCCACCUGUUCCUCCGACCGCACCGUGAAGAUCUUUGAUGUCAGGAACGGAGGGCAGAUACUGGUAGCAGACCUCAGAGGCCACGAGGGUCCCGUGUGGCAGGUGGCGUGGGCUCACCCGAUGUUCGGAAACAUUCUGGCUUCCUGCUCCUACGACCGGAAAGUCAUCGUCUGGAAGGAGGAGAACGGAUCCUGGGACAAGAUGUACGAAUACACCGGACACGAGUCGUCAGUGAACUCUGUCUGCUGGGGUCCCUACGACUUUGGUCUGAUCCUGGCCUGUGGAAGCUCUGAUGGAGCCAUUUCCCUUCUCACGUUUACUGGGGAUCAACAGUGGGACGUCAAGAAGAUCAGCAACGCACACACUAUCGGCUGUAACGCAGUGAGUUGGGCUCCUGCCGUAGUUCCAGGCAGUCUGAUCGAUCAGCCGUCGGGACAGAAACCGAACUACGUCAAACGCUUCGUCUCCGGCGGCUGCGACAACCUGGUCAAACUCUGGAAAGAGGAAGACGGUCAGUGGAAGGAGGACCAGAAGCUGGAGGCUCACAGUGAUUGGGUGAGAGACGUCGGCUGGGCUCCUUCUAUUGGUCUUCCCACCAGCACCAUCGCCAGCUGCUCCCAGGACGGACGCGUGUUUAUCUGGACGUGUGACGAUCCCGCAGGAAACACCUGGACGGCCAAACUGCUCCAUAAGUUCAAUGAUGUCGUUUGGCACGUGAGCUGGUCUAUAACUGGAAAUAUACUGGCUGUUUCUGGAGGAGACAACAAGGUGACGCUGUGGAAGGAGUCGAUGGACGGUCAGUGGGCGUGUAUCAGCGACGUCAGCAAGGGUCAGGGAGCCGUCUCCACCAUCACAGACACACAGCAGAGCGAGCAGUGACGCACACACACAGAGAGAGAGAGAGAUAACGGCGACCCCCGAUCUUCAAAGAUGAAUUCAGCGUUAAUUAACACGACGGACAUUCGAGCAAACAGAACAUCGUGCAGACAGAUUGAGCUCGUGUCACCUUUCUGUUCGAUAGCAGCAGUUUGAGUUCAGCUGUUCGAUUCCUGUUUUUCCCAAAUUUUAUCAGAAGUGAAACAAACCUGCCGGAGAAUCUCCGCAGAUACAAACACGACAGCACUCCACCGUCUCUUGCUUCCACAUGUACAUAAACAUUGGUCCAAAUAUAACUUAGUACUCACCCCGAACCCCCCCCCGCCCGAUCCCAUCCCAUGAUGCUCUGCUCCUGAAACAUUCCACCUCCACCAGCGGAGAACAACCCCGGAUGAUCCCGACAUCGACACCUUUUUAUUUCAGCCCAAACCGCUAAUUUAAAAAAAAAAAAACCAGCUUUAUUUUGAGCAGGAGACAGUUGUAUGUCAGCUGUUUGGUGCAAAACUGUCUCACCUGCUCAGAGAGUGAGACAGAUCAGAGCAAAAAAUGACUUCCUGGUCCUCACUUAACAACAACAAUAAUAAUAAUUAGUAAAUUAAUGAUUUAUUUAGUAAACUAUUGACGAGUACACAAACUACAACGUCAGCAGAACAUGCCUUAAUUAAUCCGCCGCUGCGUUGCCAAGGACAACCAUGAAUGAGGUGUAACUGCAAACAGUUAGUGUUUUUUCUUUUCAGAUCAGAAACCAUAAAUGUGUUUUUCAUAUUUGAUGUAAUUAAACUAUAAUGUUGAAAA